AUGUCUAGGAGUUUUAUUUUUAUUUCUACUUUUGCUUUUCUGUUUUUCUUUUCUGUCCAUCUCUCUUUCUUUCAUUUUUUAAUCUUUUUUCUUAUUUUGCUUUUUUAUUACAUUUCUUUCUACUAUUUUCCUUAUUUCAACUCGUUCUUGUUCAUUCUUUUUUAUACUAACUUUUCUUCCUCUUUCUUUCCUUCUUUCUUUCUUGCCACCCUCCAUCCAUUAUUCAACAUUAUAUAUGUUUCUGUUCUUCCUCCUUUCUUUCUAAGAUGCUUUGACGUGGUUAAACGCCUUUCGUUUAUUUCAUUCAUUUCAGUUGCUUCCUCUCUUUAUAUACAAACUUUCUUUCCUUCUUUAAAUCCAUUCUUCGGCCUUGCUAUAUUCUUUUUCUCUUUCUUUUCAUCUCAAUUACUAAUCAUUGUAUUCUUUCUUUCGUUCUUUCUUUCUUUCUUUCUUUCUUUCUUUCUUCCUUCAUCCAUUCUUCGACAUUAUUGUCUUCUGUUCAUCUUUCUUUCUUUCUUUUCAAUUAUUUCCAUUUUAAUUGCUUACUCUCUUUAUCUACAAUCUCUUCUUCCUUUUAUCUUUCUUUGCUUUCUCUGUUUGUCUUCAAUCUUCAUUCUUUCUUUCUUUCUUUCUUUCUUUCUUUCUUUCACCCACAUGCCUUUUCUUUUUAAUCUUUUUUCAUUCAAUUAUUUCUUUAUUUCUUUCUUCCACUCACCUGUCUUUUCCAAUUUUCCUCCUUUUCUUUCUUUCUUUCUUUCUUUCUUUCUUUCUUUCUUUUUUCUUCCUCCUUCCUUCCGUCUUCAACAUUUUUGUGCCCCGUUCUUCUUUCUUUCUUUCUUUCUUUCUUUCUUUCUUUCUUUUCUAUUAUUUCCAUUUAAAUUGCCCCUCUUUUUAUCUACAAUCUUUUCUUCCAUCUUUCUUUACUUUUUCCUUUAUUCCUUCAUUCCUUCAUUCCUCAACAUUAUAGUAUUCUUUUUUCUUUCUUUCUUUCUUUUUUUCUUUCUUUCUUUCUUUCUUUCUUUCUUUCUUUCUUUCUUUCUUUCUAAUUUAAUCCCAACCCUAAACCAGCUAUCAACAUAUUCGUCAAUCAUCCUUCCACUCGCAAAACACCCUACCGAAAUCUUUUAUUCACAGCUCAACAAAUACCAAUCUUCCUUGUCCUUUUUCCAUCUUUUUCGUUCAAUGCAGGAUUACACCACGGGGUUCUUUUCUUAUUUGGACCAUGAAAAUAAUAAUCUCGAACAGAUUGGCUGCGACAGAGGUGGAAGCGGAACAUACAACAAUUGCUCGGCGAUUAAUAAUAAGACGACGCGAUCAAGCGAACAAGAUGGCUUCCUCGAAAAUGGUAAAGAAGAAAAAUGGCGCGAAAAUGACAGUGGCUGCGGCGUUUUGGUGAAGUGGGAAAGUGAUGAAGGAAACUUGCAUAAAGGUGAAGAAAUAAGAUUAGGGGUUGGAAGGAUGUAG